AUGGCAGACACCGAUAGCCCAGACAACGAUCCUACGACGCGCACGCUACUGCGGCGUGUGAUAGACUCAGCAGCCCCGCACACCCCGCGGCGGCCUCGCAGUACCGGGGCUGGCACCCAGAGAGCCCUGCUUGAAAAGCCAUCCUCCGGGACUUUGAGCAGCCAAACAAAGUCGACAGGCAGGCGACACUCCCAUGGGGCCAGAACUGUUGACAGAAGGUCCCAUGUUCAAGCCAGUGGGCGCCUGGAGAAGCAGACACCCCGGACCUUGCUGAAGAACAUCCUAUUGACAGCCCCAGAAUCGUCCAUUGUGAUGCCAGAGUCAGUGGUGAUACCAGUACCAUCACAACAAGUGGUCCAGCCCUCCAGACGGGAGAGCAGUCAGGGCAGCUGGGAGCUGCAACUUCCUGAGCCUGAGCCCCCAACAACCCUGGCUCCAGGUCUGUUGGCCCCCGGCCGGAGGAAGAAGAGGCUAAGACUGUCCGUGUUUCAGCAGGAAGUGGACCAGGGGCUGCCUAUCUUCCAAGAGCCUCAUGGGAAUAUCGAUGCUUCCCCCCACACCAGCUCCCUCAACCUGACAUUUACCACACCUUGCCAGUCACAGUCAGUGCCUAGGCCAGGUCUGGCCCGAAAACCUCCCAUCCGCCGAGCUGUAGAUGUGGGAGCCUUCUUGCGGGAUUUGCGAGAUACUUCCAUGGCGCCAAAGGACGCUGUGCUGGAAGAAACCCAGCCCUUCUCCCCACCCUUGGUUGGCCACUUCCGCAGUGGACGCCACUCCAUGCCCUGUCCCUCUUACCCUGAGGCAGCAGAUACUGAGAGGGCUGCCAGUCGCAGGACAUGGAGUGGGCCUGGGCUACAGAACAACCGUCCUGGAAAACCAACCCAGCUUCUGGCAGGAAGGUCAGAGGAAGCCCAGACUCUUGCUGUGGGCUUCCAAAGCACUAGUAGUGGUGAUAUCUCUGAAGAAGAAGAGGUAGAACCCUUAGGGGAUAGAGUUAAUGAGCAAGCAGAGGAAAGGACAGAAGAAGAAGAUGUGAGUGUGAGUGAAGCAAUGGAGGUAACAGGAGCUCAGAGAUCUGGGGCUGAAGAGUCUGAGGGGCACUCGGAGGUGACAGAAACAGACAGAUUCCCUGGGGCUGCUGAGGCUGAGGAGCCAGAAGGAUCUUCAGGGGACAAGGAUUCUUCCAGUGAGAUAGCAAGUCCACGGUUGGCCUCCAGUACCUCUGAGUCUCCCCAGGUCAGGCGACUUCAUCAGUUUCCUGAGCCAGUCUCAUCACCCAACGCUGCAAAAUUGUGUUCAGAGCCUCUGGUGCCUCCAUCAGCUAGUGUUCCCCCAAGACCCCGAACUACUGGCCCCAGGCCCCGUCAAGAUCCCUACAAGGCUGGACUAAGCCACUAUACAAAACUCUUCAGCUUCUUUGCUAAAAUGCCUAUGGAGAAGGAGGCUCUUGAAAUGGUGGAGAAGUGCCUGGACAAGUAUUUCCAGCAUCUCUACAGUGAUCUGGAGGUAUUUGCGGCCCAUGCAGGCCGCAAGACAGUGAGGCCAGAAGACCUAGAGCUACUGAUGCGGCGGCAGGGCCUAGUCACCGACCAGGUCUCACUGCAUGUGCUUGUGGAGCGGUACCUGCCCCUGGAGUACAGACAGCUGCUCAUCCCAUGUGCCUUCAGUGGUAACUCUGUAUUCCCCACCCAGUAG